AUGAAGCGCUGCCGCAGCCCAGCACUUGCGGGCUGGGAUCCAAGCACCAAGGAUGCCGAGGUCGAGGUGGAGCAGGAUCCUUUGACAGGAGGUUGCUACAAAGUUGCUUGUGCAAGCACUGCCCGUGCGUGGAUCGGGCUGCGCGGGCGUCCGGGAGUUGUGACAGGCCAAUACUGCUUUGAGGUGAAGGUCGGCGAGGGUCUUCUCCGAGUCGGCUGGUCAUCUUCCACGGCCGCACUGGCGCUGGGCACGGAUGCGCAGGGCUUCGGUUUCGGAGGCACCGGAAAGAAGAGCCACCGUAACAAGUUCGCAGACUACGGCAUUGCCUUUGAAGUCGGUGAUGUGGUCUCCUGCUGCCUGGACCGCGACCAGCGCCAGAUCAGCUUUGGCGUCAAUGGGAUAUGGUAUGGCAAGGCCUUCGACAUCCCCAAGGCCUGGGAUGGCGUGGCUCUGUUCCCAGCAGUCUGUGCUCGGGAAGCUUUCCGAGCCACAGGUUAUUUUGGCUGCCCGGACCACCCGAAAGUGCCGUAUGGCUGCGACUUCUGGCCGCUAGGUGCAGCUUAUCCGGAGGAUGUCGUUGAGUCUGGUGGCCCUGUGCCGGAGCCGAGCCUCGACCUCGAGGAGUCGGCAGAGCGCCGCGGGGCCCGCAGCGGCCGCUUCGCCAAGAUGGCCCGUGUGGACCAGGACUUGACGGUCCUUUCCACGCACAAGCCGGUGCUGGACACAACUGGAUCCGGGACCCUCAUUGGGCGCUGCCGCGCUCUGGAACGAGGCUAUCUCCGCGAUGCAGCAAAGCUUCGUGAUCCGCAACAGAUUCGACCGAUGCCGGUGCUGCGUGAGGCACUGCGGCACUGCCUGUCGGCGGGUCGAGCGUGGUCUUGGGAAGCGGAGAUGCUGAGGGCUAUCCGACAGGACAUCACCGUCCAACAUCUCGACGUCGACUUCAUGGAAGAGGUAUGCGAGGUGUCGUGCCUGCGUGCUUUGGCCAACGGCGACUGGGCAGUUUUCGCUUCUUGCUCAUCCACGUUGAAGCAGCGUCCACGAGCUCCGCUGGCUGGCGCUGUUGGGUCGGCCUCCAGUCCUGGCUUCCGCUUUGACGGCGAUGCCUCCAGAGGACACCGUCUCGAACUUCGUGCGUGCCACUCUCGCGGAUGUCAGCGUGGGUUUGUGGACUCGAGCAUUGAAGCGUGCAGCUCCGAAUCAGACCGCUAA